AUACCAAAGAUUCUUUACGAAUCUCUCACUCUCAUAUUUUCUCUAAUUCCUUCAAAUUCUUCUCUCUCUCCAAAAAAAUUUCCUCUAACUUUCCCCUCCUUCAUUUUAGCGCCAUUUCCCCCCUUUUCUUUCAUUCAAAGUCUUUUCAUUUCCACCCCUUUUUCUCUCCUCUUGACUGCACAAAUUCUUAGAAUCUUAAAAACAAGAAAGACCCUUUUGGUUCAUUCUUCUUGUUCUCUUAAUUCCUCCUUCCUUUCAGCCAAAAAUCCAUAUUUUUGGUUCCUUUGAUAUGUUCCAUAUAACAGAGUCUUUGUUUCCAAGGAUUUGAAGAGUUAUCUUUGUUCCCACAAAUUUUCUUAAAAUUAUUUACAAAGUUAGCGUCUUUUUAGUUAUUUUGGUGUUUGUUAAAACAUGGGAUUUUCAAAGAAGCACCAAGUGGAAGGAAGUAAAGAAGAGAGCAAAAAGUGGGUAAUUGCUGGAAUUACAAUUGUAGCACCUUUGAGGUCAAUUUCUACGAAGCCAAGAGAGGAUUCUGAAGAUGAAGAAGAGUGUUCAACAACUCCGACGGCGAGAGAUUCAAGGAUACCGGAAAGACUACCAUGCCCUCCGGCGCCGAUGAAACGCCGGCCAAAGUCCACGUGUCAUUAUAAUAGUGUUAGGGAGUUCUUUAAUCCGCCUGACCUUGAAUCUGUAUUUAUACGCCAUGUGGAGAGAGCUAAUUAAGACAAUAAGUGGAGUAUUAGUAAAGGGCCAAAACCAAAAUGGAACAAAAGAGUGGCCCUUUUGCUUAUUUUUUUGCUUUUUUUUUUUGAGUUUGUGGUAGGUUUUAUUAGGUUAGGAGUUAGG